UCAUCAUCGCCAUCGUCGCCAUCAUCAUUGCCAUCAUCGCCAUCAUCGCCAUUAUCGCCAUCAUCAUCGCCAUCAUCGCCAUCAUCGCCCAAUAAAAAACCGUCAAUUGAAAUUCAUUGAACAAAAAUCCAUUGCAGUAAAUAUUUCGUUGAAUCAAGAAAAUCAGAUCUCGUAUCAAAAUAUUUAUUUGUUACAUUUAAUAAAUAAUAUCUCUAAAAAAUUAAGUAUUUACUUGGUUCAAGUGAUUGCCUUACAUGUUAUAUUGAUUGAAUCGAUUAAAUUUUUUGUCCAGUGUAAGCUACAUCUCCGUCGCAAAUUAAAUUUGCACAAUUGUCGAAUAUUACGUAUUCGCCAGUGAUAUAAAAACGCCAAGCGAACGAGUGAUGAGCGAUUUGGGUACCUACAUUUCGGCGUAUGUCUCCACACAUGUAUAAUCUUCAGACGCUUUUGUAUAUAGGAAUAUUCACCACUUUAUGUAAAAUAUUUAACAGUACGACCAGUAAUUCUUGCUGUGCAGGCAUUUGCCUGCAAACUGAAAUUUUCGUCAUGGCUGACGAACAAAUAAAAAAUAUAUUGCAAGAACUGAAUCUGGCUCAUCUGGUGGAAACUUUUGAAAGAAAUAAUAUUACCAUGGAUAUUUUAAAAAUAAUGACAGAAGCAUUAAUAGGUGAUCUUAUACCUAUUAUUGGUGAUAGAGCCAUUUUCCUUAGUUAUUGGCAUAAACAUUUGUGCAUAGAUGAAUCAAAUAAUAAUCAUCAUGCAAAUAAUAAAAGAAUUAGAUAACGCGCUAGCAAACACGAUUGUUAAAAUGAUCGUCGAUAUAUUCCCAUCUGAAGCAGCAAAUACGUAUUUUAUGUCAUCAAUAAAAAAAAAAAUUCUCUCUGUAAUAAAUCCAUUCUUGCUCGUGGAAAGUUAAUUAGUAUGUGGCGAAACUGUCAGUGUCAAUAUAAAAAAUUGCAUAGAAGGAUAAUAGAUGAGGAAAAAACAAACGAUCGAAGUAUAGAGCCCGAAACAAUACAAGAUGAUAUUCAAGAGGCGUUAGACUGGCUAGACAAAAAUCAAGCUCCUUGGGACAUGGUUUUAGACCAUUGGAGAAAAACUUCUGCUCAUCGAACCAAAGCUUUAAAAGAAUCAAGUAACACUAAUUUGGUGGAUAUAUUUGAAAAAUGGAAACUCUAUAAGCACCCUAGUGGACAUGAAUUAAUUGAUACUGAUUUUCAAUGCCUAAAUUUAUCCAAAGUAAAUUUGGAUAAAGAUGUUUGGUUUAAUUUUUUUGAUACUUUGCUAAAGCACGCCUCUCUUAGCUCCAAAGACGAAACAGCAAAGAUGCUUCUGGAAUCUAUGAAAUCUAAAGAUGUUUCAGACAAUGCAUUAGUCGCCAUGAGUGUAAGUUUACUCCCUCACUUGUAUCCGCCAAAACAUAUGAAAAGAAUACGGAAUAAGAGUUUCAAGCCUUCUAUUGGACUUGCAAAAGAGACUAUAUUAAAAUUUGCAAAUAUUCUUGGUGACAUGGUAAGACUAAGGCAAGAAGCAAAAUCGAGGGCGACAGAUCUUAAACUUCCAAUCCAACCCUUUUUAAUCAUCGUGGGAUCUAUUGAAGACCUACAAGAUGUUUAUGUCUGUGUUGACAACGAGCUAUACAAAGUUCAAGGACUUCUACAAGGUCUAAAUAUUUGUUUCAAGACAUUUCAUGUAUUCAAUCUGCAAUAUCCUUUGGCCAGUGAACACAUAUGGAUAUUAAUUCAAAAGGGAAUCUAUAAAAUCAAUUUGCCCUGUGAUAAGCAUAUCAUAUCUAUUGAACAUGCAGUAAAACAGCUAACUAAGGGAAAUACCGAAGAGGAACAAAUGGAAUGAGUACAAAGAAUUAUUUUAAUAUAAAAUGCACGAAAGAAAAUAUUUUCUUGUUUUUUUAUUACAAUAUUUAGUCUUGCGAUAAGUCACAAAAUAUAUAAUAAUAUACUGUAAACUGAAAGCGCCCG